GACGAAAGCGCGGUCCUGGAGCCUAAUCAUAUAUUAUAAAUGUGUUUUUGAAAUAAACAUUACAGCACACGACUCACAUCAGCUUCCUGCCAAGGGCACCCGAAACCACCUGUUAUUAUGCACGAAAUUCUAACACACACUCAUAUAUAUUGCACUGUCGUAAGCAUCGUCAAAAUAGCUUUUUAAACGUUCAGACAUUUUUGACUGAAAACCUUGUCUUUUAGGGAUAGGAUUUGAUAAAAAUUGUGAAUCGAAGGUGAAGCAAUUACUGACUAUAGUUUGGGUAUAUUUGAAAAAGACGUAGCGCUGGAAAUCUGCAAUUGAAGAAAGUUGUACAGUAAACACAACAGAAGCUCUGCUGUUUAAGAAGGUAGUUAUAUCGACAUCUUGACUUUGGUUGGCGUGGGUUUUUGCAUAGAUUAUGUCAUGCUUGUAGAGUAUGGUGACAAUGUAAACUACGAUUCAGUUCUGUCUUAAGGAAAAACACAAGUUCUGUCAAGUGUUGCGUAUUCCCAUACUGCUCAGAAUAUAUAUAGGUAAAUAAAUAAAUUAAUUAAAUAAUUAAUUAAUAAAAUAGCGGCAAGAGCGUAAUCAUUUCAUGCUCAGUAAAUCCUAAAUAACACGAAUUUUGAUUAGGAUUGACGUGAUCAGGAUUAGGUUUCAGAUUAGGCUCAUAGAUAAACUGAAGAUAAAAGACUUUUCACCCAAAUGGACCUUCUUUUUCAGUCCCAUUCUAACUAAUUCUUUAGACUAAAUCAUUUUAGACAAUCUUUCAAAAGGAAUCUGACGCAAUGGCAGUGGAAGUCAAAACGGCUCAUUUUUGGCGCGGUAGUUUUGGCGAGUUUCUCGGCACACUAAUUUUCGUCUUUGUUUCCUGUGGGGCAACGCUGCCGGUAGGUGGCGCUCUCCCGGUCGGGGAUCAAGCCUGGACAUUCGGUCUCGCGAUGGCGAGCGUCAUACAGUGUGUGGGGUAUUCUAGCGGAGGGCACAUAAACCCGGCUGUGACCGGGGCGUUUGUGUUUACUGGAAAAAUCACGUGGUUAAGGGCGUUGGCUUACGUCAUAGCCCAAAUUUCAGGAGGUAUCGCAGGCGCAGCUAUCUUGUACGCGGUCACACCUGAAAACAUGAGAGGGAAGCUGGGAGCGAACGAUCUUCACGGUGACGUAACAGCUGGUCAAGCUGUAGGUGUGGAAGCACUGUUGUCGUUUUUGGUAGUUCUCACUGUAUGUUCAGUGACGGAUACGGAUCGAAAGAUGAAUGAUUACGGAUUAGGGCCGUUGGUGGUCGGUUUCGCUUACAGCGCGGCGCACUUCAUGGGGAUUCGCUAUACGGGAUGUUCUGUGAAUCCAGCUCGUUCCUUUGGUCCUGCAGUAAUCAUGAACGAAUUUGAUCAUCAAUGGAUAUACUGGACUGGACCGAUGCUAGCAGGGAUUAUAGCUGGUCUCGUUUACGAAACCUUACUUCGAACCAGUGUCGACGCACGUGCGUACCAGCUUUCGCCACGUGUCUGCAACCUCAACUGCUGCAAUGUAGCAAACCGGAGUAAUGUCAAGGAGGAAGCAAUCGCCGGGGGGAACUACCCGACCGGGGGGUUUAGCGCAAGCAAGUACGUGAAACGAGAUAACGAAUUUGAUGACAUUCUCAAUUUCAGUAACACUGCAAGCUCAGGCGGAGGAAUGUACAAAAUUUAAUGGACUGAAAUGAAAAACUGUAAACAAGGACAAAUUCAAUGGCCUGAGAUUCAGACGGAAGAUAAUCUGAACAAGUGUACCAGCCUGUUCUUUAAAGGGGGGUUACAUAGAGCGAGUCGCCAAAAGAUUAUUUAAACCAACAUGUACAGAUAAUCCAACCGUUCAUAGUAGAGUUCGCUGACUGUUUAUAGGACACAGGCCCCUAUAAUGUACGCUGGUACUCCGCGCAAUAUGCUAAUGAAAAAAAUGGGGGGUUAUAAUUUAAAACAGUUUAUUAAAGUUAAUGUUCCUGGUAUUGACUAGUUUUAAUUAGUGCACAGGUUUAAAUUAUAUUCCAUUAACUGAAAUUUUUAUACUAAUUACAACUCGAGAAAAUUUACAGUAUCAUUUUUACUCCGAUAAAAUGCCUCGAAAACCUAAAUUAUAAUUUAAAUUUUGUACAACAUCUCCUUCGAUAGAGCCACUGUUACCAGACACAAAUUGCAACGUAAUUUUCAGCGGAGAAUUUGAGCCAAGU